AUGGCGUCGCAGAAGCCCUCUCAUGUCCUAGUCACUGGCUCAACCGGCUUCAUCGGCGCCCAUGUCGUUGACAACCUUCUGGCGCGUGGGUUCGCAGUUCGUGGCGCCACUCGAUCAGCAAAGAAGGGGGAGCAGAUGAAAGCUGCGCGACCGCAAUAUGCCUCGAAGUUGGAUUUCGUCGUGGUGGAAGAUUUCACGAAUGUCGGUGUCUUUGAUGCCGCGAUGGAAGGAAUCGAUGCUGUCAUUCAUGUUGCGAGUCCAUUCUUCUAUGAUACCACCAACAACGAGCAAGAACUCAUUCUGCCUGCUAUAAACGGCGUCAAGUCUAUUCUGGCUGCUUCGGCCAAGCCUGGAAGUCAAGUCCGACGUAUCGUGUUGACAUCUUCCUUCGCCUCGGUCGUUGAUAUCGACAGCAAUCCUUCUCCUGAUUUUACUUACACUGCUGCUCACUGGAACCCCCUCACAUACGAAACGGCGAUUGAUCCCGAGUCUAGUUCAGUUGUCGCAUACCGUGGAUCCAAAAAGUUCGCGGAGCUUGCCGCAUGGGAAUUCGUCAAGAAUGAGAAGCCGCAAUUUGACCUAGUCGCACUCUGUCCUCCCAUGGUCUUCGGUCCCGUCGUCCACCCAGUUCCAAAUAUUGAACAAUUGAAUGAAUCCAAUGCGGUUCUUUGGAGUGUCGCUGCGGGUGUCGACCCUCUUCCCGGUGUCCGUGUGCCUGCCUGGAUCGAUGCUCGAGAUCUGGCUGAGGCACAUGUUCAAGCUCUUCUCACUCCCGAGGCUGGUGGGAAGAGAUUCAUUCCUGCAUCUCCUGAGCCGUUCUCGUAUGAAUAUGCAGCGGACAUUAUGAAGGAAACUUUUGAUUGGGCAAACGCCUCUGUGACUAGCAACUACAAGGCUGGAGAGAAGCCGCAUGCGCCUUAUGGUGUGGAUGGGCAGACGGUCGCUCGGGAGCUUGGUGUGAAGUACCACAGCUUCAGAGACACAGUAGUGGACUUUACCAAGCAAGUAAAGGAAACUCUUUCUUAG